AUGGCGGCUCUCUCCACCACCUUCUACCACCCACUCUGCAAAUACCACAACCACCGUACAACGAGACAAGCCCCAAGCAGACACAGCAACAGAUCUCUGACUGUGACUUCUUGUCGGCAGCAGAAAUUGCCGGAAGAGGGGGAAGGAGUGAUCAAGAGAACGGUGACAAGGAUGAUUUCAGAAGCUGGGAAGUUUGGGAAGAAUCUGAAGCCAGAGAAGAAAGGUGACAUGAAGGAUCUGAUGCUUAUGAGUCUCUCUUUCGCAGUUUAUGUUUAUAUCUCUCAACUAAUGGUCUGUGCUUACUUCGCCUGGACACAUGUCAACCUCCCCAAUCCCUCAUGGUAG